CCCGCGCAUGCGCAGAUCAGUUUAAUGACGUCAUGUCCGUGGGUAACGUCGGCUGGUAGUCCACGAAUGUUUAGCGAGAUAAUUAUCUCUUCUUUAUUUAGUAUUUAGUUUGAUCAAUGUAAAUAUGAUUCUUACAGUAAAGCCACUUCAAGGAAAAGAGUGUAAUGUUCAGGUGACAGAAAAUGAAAAGGUUUCCACAGUGAAAGAGCUGGUAUCCGAGCGUUUAAACAUCCCUCCAAGUCAGCAGAGACUGCUGUAUAAAGGAAAAGCACUUGCAGAUGAACACCGGUUGAGCGAUUACUCCAUCGGCCCGGAGGCCAAGCUGAAUCUGGUGGUGCGUCCGGCAUGUGAGAGGAGCGGAAACAGCAGCGGUGGUCCUGAUAAAGCAGGCAGUGGAGUGUGGCAGUUAUUGUCCACGGUCCUGGCCAAACACUUCAGCCCAGCCGAUGCAGCAAAAGUGCAGGAGCAGCUCAUUAAGGAUUAUGAGCGCUCGCUCAGACAGCUGAGUCUGGAUGACAUCGAGCGUCUGGCCAGCCGUCUGCUGCAUCCAGAGAUCGAGGGCAUGGAUACCUCAUACAUGGACUGAAGCCGUGCUCAGGGAGAGGGA